UUGCAUUGCAGACUUUGGGGAGCGGGCGAACAGGGAUGAAGGGAUCGGUGGAGGGAAGAAAACAUACAGAUGAAACCUAAGGGGAAAGGGGCAGUAUCUCUUUAAGACAAGUAAAACUAGGCGAGGCCUUUUUAUCUAUCGGUCGGCUGCCCGCUCUGCAAACUUCUUACACAUUUAGUGACAAUGUGCCUCGAGUGAGCCCAGUGUCUGAAAUUAACCCCGCCGUCGUAGCAAAGGCGAAAAAGCCGGAGCUUAAAGCAGCCCAGCAGCGAAUCGCUGUUUGUUGCUCUCCUCCGCCUUUCCCCAAGCCCUGACUCCGAGGAAGGGGGGGAGGAGGAGCAGAGCGCGAGCAACAGCAACACCCCAUCCUGCCCUCCCGAGCUUGCUCCUUGUCUCUCCCCCCCCAAAUGUGGCGCUCCAGCAAGCACGUGCCCCAUCCCCGCAGAGCCCGCCUUGCCAAUAAGAAAGCUCCUUCGGAACGUCCAGCUACAAAGCGAGGAGCAGCAGAGGAGGGCACAGCCGCUUCAGGAGGGAUUAAUUAAAGCAGGAGGUGUUGGUGGGAGACCGGGGCAGAAUUUGCGCCCCCCCCCUUUUCCCGCCCUCGGAGCUGAGGAGGACGAGGACUAUGGCAGCGCCAGUGGGGCAGCGUAACUGGACAGUUGCUUCUAUUUUCUCGGUCACCUUGUGGCUUCUUUACUCGGCUCCACAGGUUGAUGGAGACCAAAGCCAGGGGGCUAUCUUUCUACGUGAGUUUACCUUAAUUCGGAGAGAGAGUCUCAGUGAAGAUUUCCUUUCAGAUUUGCUGAAUAAUAACCACAAAAUUGAAGAUACGAGUUCUCGAACUGCUAGAUCUGAGGAAGACCGAGAUACUCUCUGGGAUGCCUGGGGUUCAUGGAGUGAAUGUUCCCGUACGUGUGGGGGAGGUGCUUCUUAUUCCCUCAGACGCUGCCUGAGCAGCAAGAGCUGUGAGGGGCGAAAUAUCAGAUACCGAACAUGCAGCAAUGUGGAUUGCCCUCCAGAAGCAGGUGAUUUUCGUACCCAGCAAUGUUCAGCACACAAUGAUGUCAAGUAUCAGGGGCAGUUUUAUGAAUGGCUUCCUGUUUCUAAUGAUCCGGACAACCCAUGUUCCUUAAAGUGCCAGGCCAAAGGGACAAGCCUUGUUGUGGAACUGGCGCCUAAAGUGCUGGAUGGAACCCGAUGUUAUACUGAAUCACUGGAUAUGUGCAUUAGCGGCUUGUGCCAAAUUGUUGGCUGUGAUCACCAGCUGGGAAGCUCUGUGAAGGAAGAUAACUGUGGGGUCUGCAAUGGAGAUGGUUCCACCUGCCGGCUUGUUCGAGGCCAAUAUAAAUCUCAGCUCUUGGCAAAUAAACCGGAUGAUACCGUGGUUGUUAUUCCCUAUGGAAGUCGGCAUGUUCGCUUAGUGCUCAAAGGUCCUGCUCAUUUAUAUUUAGAAACCAAGACUCUUCAAGGUGUGAAAGGUGAACAUGGUCUCAGUGCCACUGGUUCGUUCCUUGUGGACAAUUCUACUGUGGACUUCCAGAAGUUUCCAGACAAAGAGAUACUGAGGAUGUCUGGCCCUCUCACUGCAGACUUCACCAUCAAGCCUUCUUCUUUUCAGAUCCAUUAUGCUGGUGCUGCUGACAGUACAGUUCAGUUUAUUUUCUAUCAGCCUAUUAUUCACCAAUGGAGAGAAACUGAUUUUUUUCCUUGUUCUGCUUCCUGUGGUGGAGGUUACCAGCUGACUUCUGCUGAGUGCUAUGAUCUGAGAAGUAAUCGAGUGGUCAAUGAUCAAUAUUGCCACUACUACCCUGAAAACAUUAAGCCAAAGCCUAAACUUCAGGAGUGCAACCUGGAUCCUUGUCCUGCAAGUGAUGGAUACAAGCAGAUCAUGCCCUAUGACAUCUACCAUCCUCUUCCUCGGUGGGAAAGCACUCCAUGGACUGCCUGCUCUUCCUCUUGUGGAGGAGGCAUUCAGAGCCGCACAGUCUCUUGCGUGGAAGAGGACAUCCAGGGGCUUGUCAGCUCUGUGGAGGAGUGGAAGUGCAUGUACACUCCAAAGAUGCCCAUUGUCCAGCCCUGCAACAUUUUUGAUUGUCCUAAAUGGUUGGCUCAGGAGUGGUCUCCGUGCACAGUGACAUGUGGCCAAGGCCUGAGAUACCGAGUGGUUCUGUGCAUUGAUCACAGGGGAAUGCAUACUGGUGGCUGUACUCCUAAAACAAAGCCUCAUAUCAAAGAAGAAUGUAUAGUUCCCACUCCUUGCUACAAGCCCAAAGAAAAACUUCCUGUUGAAGCUAAACUGCCAUGGUACAAGCAAGCCCAGGAGCUGGAAGAGGGAACAACAGUAUCAGAAGAACCAACGUUUAUUCCUGAGGCCUGGUCUACCUGCAGUGUGACCUGUGGGGUAGGAAUCCAAGUGCGCGUGGUGAAGUGCCAGGUGUUGCUGUUUUUCUCUCAAGCUGUGGCUGAUUUGCCCAUUGAUGAAUGUGAAGGGCCCAAGCCAACCUUCAAACAAGCUUGUUAUGGUGGUCCUUGCAAUGGGGAGACUGGCGAAUAUAGUCGUGAAGAGGCUGAUCUUUUCUAUGGUGCCUCACAGGAUUUUGAUGAACUCUAUGACUGGGAGUAUGAGGGCUUCACAGAGUGCUCUGAGUCUUGUGGAGGAGGUGUCCAAGAGGCAGUAGUGGCUUGCCUGAAUAAACAGACAAGAGAGUUUGCAGAUGAAAAUCUAUGUGUGAGCAGCCGGCGUCCCCCACAGUUGCUGAAAUCCUGUAACCUGGAACCUUGUCCCCCGAGAUGGGAGACGGGGAAGUGGAGCUCUUGCAGUCUCACCUGCGGCGUAGGAUUGCAGACCCGUGAUGUCUUCUGUUCUCACCUCCUCUUGAGAGAGACUAAUGAGACAGUGAUUUUGGCAGACGAGCUAUGUCACAAACCCAAGCCCAUCCUGGUACAAGCCUGCAAUCGAUUUGACUGUCCCCCAUCCUGGUACCUCACAGAAUGGCAACAGUGCUCACAGACAUGCGGGGGUGGUACUGAGAAACGGGAAGUGCUCUGCAAGCAGCGCAUGGCUGGUGGAAGUUUCCUGGAGCUUCCAGAAACAUUCUGUUCCGCUUUGAGGCCAACCUCCCAACAAGCCUGCAAAAAUGAGGACUGCCCACCUGAGUGGCUUCUUUCAGACUGGACACAGUGUUCCGUGAGUUGCGGUGAGGGAACCCAGACACAAAAUGCUAUUUGCAGGAAAAUACUGAACACUGGACUUUCUGCCAUCAUCAAUUCAUCGCUGUGCCCACCUUUGUCAUUCUCACCUUUGGUCAGGCCAUGUGCAGUAGCAACCUGUGCAAGACACCAGAGACCAGCUCACAAGCAAACCCCUCUGAUAAUGGCUCAAAAGAAAGUCUUUAUCCAAACAAGGAAACAGAGAAAGUUGCACUUUAUUGUUGGUGGUUAUGCCUACCUCCUCCCCAAAACCUCAGUCAUUCUUAGAUGUCCUGUGAGAAGAUUCCGGAAACUAAUGAUCACAUGGGAGAAAGACGGCAAACGACUCAUCAGCUCUGUUCAUGUGACUAUUGCACCAUACGGAUAUAUGAAAAUCCAUCGGUUGAAGCCCUCAGAUACAGGAACAUACACUUGCACAGCAGGGCCAGCUCAGGAGCAUUUUGUUAUUAAAUUGAUAGGAGGUCACAACAAGCGCAUUGCCACCUUGUCAGUUGGGAUGAAGGAAGAAGAAGCCAUGAAGAAAGCCAGUCUAAAUGAAGCUUUGCAUGCUCAGGAGAAGCAUCAGAAUGGAAUUCUCUUCAAUGGGAGCAAAACUGAGAAACGAGGGCUUCUUACUGAUCCUAGCAGCCAGUACGAUGAUAUUGUCUCAGGACUUCUGGAGUAUAGAAGCUGGCCUCGUGACAACCCAGAGCCAUGGGAAGCUCAGGAUUCCACAGAGAGAAACAUCUCUUCUGAGGAAGACCAAGGCCAGGGAUACGCCUUCCCUUUCACCAUGGUUGCUAAUCAGGAUCGUUUGGAUGACAUCCUAAGAAACUUGUCCCAACAGCCUGAGGAACUUAAGGAUGUCUACAGCAAGCAGCUUGUUGCACAGUUGGCCCAUGAAAUUUUCAAGAGCCAUUUGGAGCAUCAGGAAUCUCUUUUCAAAACCCAAGGGAGCAGGGUGAGUUCUGCUUCUGUGGAGUUUCCAUUCAGCACCCAUUUUUCUGAGUUCACCAGUUCCUUGAGAACAUCUUCAUCUGAAGCACACUUGUCUACAUCACUACAGCUCAAAAACAGUUCGCGUGGGCCUCAUAAAAAACCUGCCAUUCUCAAGAAGAUCUCUGCAGCACAGCAACUGUCAGCAUCUGAAGUUGUCACUCAUCUAGGACAUACUGUAGUUUUAGCUAGUGGGACUCUGAGUGUGCUUCUUCACUGCGAAGCUGUUGGAAACCCAAAGCCUGCCAUUAGUUGGGCAAAGAAUGGAGAGGCUGUACAAUACAGCAAAAGGAUACUUCUUCAAUCAGAUGACUCCUUGCAAAUCCUGGAGCCUGUUGAAGCAGACGUAGGCUUCUAUACCUGCAAUGCAACUAACUCAUUGGGAUCUGACUCUGUUUCCAUUGCCGUCACAUUAGCAGGGAAACCAUUGAUAAAGACAUCAAGAGCCACCCUCAUCAACAAGGACUUGCCUGCUGUCACUGUUGAUAUCGGAAGCACAGUGAAAACAAUCCCAGGAGCAAAUGUGACUCUCAGCUGCCAAGUUGCAGGUGUGCCUGAAGCAGAACUCACCUGGUUCAGGAAUAAAAUCAAGCUGGCCCCUGGUCAUUACCUGCAGGAUGGGUCACUGCAGAUUGCAAAUAUCUCUCUCUCAGAUCAGGGGUUAUACUCCUGCAGGGCAGCCAACAUCCGUGGGGAGAUUACCGAAACCACGCAGCUGCUAAUCCUGGACCCACCUCAAUUCCCCCAUCAAUUGGAAGACAUGGCAGCAACUUUAUCUAUCACAGGGCCAGGCAUUCCUUCUGUGAUAACAUCUCCUUCAGGAACAAGAAAAGUGCUGAGUCCUGGGAGUUCUGUGCUGAUAGGCUGCCCAGUGGAUGGUCACCCAACUCCUAAUAUCACCUGGUUUUAUGCUGGCCAGCCCAUCAAUAUGCCUCACCGUGUGUUGGCAUCUGGUCAAAUUCUUCAGAUACUGAACAUCAGCAAUGAUUUUCAGGGGGAGAUCAGCUGCAUGGCUCAGAAUGAGGCAGGCUUGCUUGUACAAAAUACAUCUCUGACAGUCCAAGAUUAUUGGUGGUCAGUGGGUAAGUUGUCACCCUGUUCAGCCUCUUGUGGUAAUAGGGGUCUACAAUAUCACCAGCUGAGAUGCUUACUGGAUGGAGCUCAAGUCAAUAUAUCCCAUUGCAUGGAGAAGCCCAAACCAGCUCUGCAGCCAGUUGCUUGUAACAGAAGAGACUGCCCUUCAAGAUGGAUGGUGACAUCAUGGUCCCAUUGUACACAAAGCUGUGGUGGAGGCAUCCAGACCCGACGGGUAACAUGUCAGAAACUAACAGCUGCAGGCAACUCCAUCCCCGUGUCAAAUAAUGUAUGCACUCAACUUGCCAAGCAUCCAGUAGAUACUCAGAGCUGUAACAGACAGCUGUGUGUGGAGUGGGCAACUUCUGCCUGGGGACAAUGUAAUGGACCAUGCAUUGGAUCUCGACUAGCCGUACAACACAGGCAGGUUUUCUGCCAGACCAGGGAUGGGAUAUCUGUGGCUUCUGACCAGUGCAGUUCUCUUCCAAGGCCUUUGAGCACACAGAACUGCUGGACAGACACUUGUGGAGUACACUGGAGGGUCAGUUUGUGGACUCUGUGUACAGCUACCUGCGGGAACUAUGGUUUCCAGUCGAGACGAGUCGAAUGUGUGCGUGUUCGCUCCAACAAACCGGUGCAAGAGCACUUCUGUGCCUGGAGACCAAGGCCUGCUAACUGGCAGCGUUGCAACAUCACCCCUUGCGAAAAUAUCGAGUGCAGAGAUACCACCAGGUACUGUGAGAAGGUGAAGCAGUUGAAGCUCUGCCAACUCUCACAGUUCAAAUCACGCUGCUGUGGGACGUGUGGGAAAGCAUAAAGGUGACAGCAAACAAACAACCAGAUGACUUUGGCACCUCCACCCUUGCUCUGCUUUGUUACUGAGAAGAGCUUCUUCAGAAAAAGGAAAAUUGGAAUGGAAUUGCCUUAUCUUCCAUUUUAUUUAUUUAUUUUUCCUCUUCUUUCUUCUCUUUGUUAAGAAAUCCCUUUUUAACUGAGUCGUCUUUCUAAAGGUUUUGACAAGGUUUCUCUUCUAAUGAGGUUGGGAGACAGAAAUGCAAUGAGUCACAGUUCAUAAUGGGGGUGGAGACCAAAAGAAAGAGUGUAUGAAUGAAAGAGGAAUGGAACUCCUUCAAAGACUUCAAGGUUGGUUUUACUGGACAGAAGGAACACGGUGAAGCAAACCUGAGCAACUGGACUCUACAAAUGCCAUGCGAGUAUACUAGUAUGUGAAUCAGAGUGGAACUUGACAUACUCACUUGCACAAAAGAAGGAAUUGAGGGGGAGGGAAAGGAGUUGUCAAGGAGUUGGAAAGGAGUUGGAAAGGAGUUGGAAAGGAGUUGUUAAGUGACGUAACUUGAACAGAUGUUGGGAGCAAUUCAAAGGAUGUAUCCUUUUACCCUAAUCAAAAAGGGUACACCAAACGCUAGCACUCUUGGCACAUUUCAGCUGACUUUUGUUCCUCACUGUCCUGGUACUCCUCCUCGCAUAUAUAGGAUUGUGAUUUAAAAAAAAACCUUAAUACUUAAUAUGUGCAAUGAUAUUCAUGUACUAAUAAUACACUUGAUAAAUUUUUGAUUGGGCGAAAAUGGAGGAAGACCUGAAGAGUGGAUCACAAGAUUCAAGAAUCCUGAAAUACCAUUAGCAUUAGAUGUUGCUAGCAGAAAUUAAAUUGGAACAUAAUUAAAACUUAAUGAUUAUAUGGUAUCUAGGAUGGGCAGGUGCAUAGAUACAAUGGUGCAUAUUGAGUGUAAAAAAAAUAAAGAAAAAGUGGUUGGUAAUAAUGGGAACAGUGUGGGACAAAGUCUGUACCUACCAGUAGAGAAUAAAGUGUACAGAAGAAGAAGAAGUGAAAAGCAUAUAACUCUUAAAUGAGACAUAAGAUUUGUGCAACCUAUCCAUCCUCACCCAACCCCUAGCCCAGAAAUGGCACACAAUCAGAAUUUCUCAAUCACAAGCAAAAAGAACUUCUUUGGGAGGAAGGGCAGGGUAUAUAUUAAAUAAAUAAAGGACUAUCUGUCUAAUUGGUCCCUGAGUCCCACACCAGCUUCUGUGAAAUGAACUUGGAUAUACUUGGAAUGAACUCUGUGCACAUCUCAAGCACAUUCUGAGAACUGGAAGUGUGGAUUCAACAGGCUUUUGCAACUACCUUGUGGUGACUAUUCAGAUCCACGCUUGCCAUAUGAAUGGCUCAGUUGGUGUUCAGCAAUUUGCUUUCCACAGGUUAUCAAAUAUGGGUUGGGCCAUGUGGGUUGCAUGAGCAAUACUUCCAUGCUGCAAACAGAGAGAGAGAGAGAGAGAGAAGGAAGGGGCUCAGUCUGCAUUGUGAAGCCAGUAUGCCAGGCCCAAAAGUGGAGCAAAAGAGCAAGUUUCUUCUUAUACCACUGCUGGGACCCUUACACAGCACUGCCAUACAAAGGAUUGCUCUUAGGUAAGAUUUUAGGUGUCUAGGGAGGUAGCGAUUUCCAUUCUGACCUGCAUUUAUCACAGUCAGUGCUGUUUCUGUUCCAUUGCAGUUUGGUUUCCACCAAGUACUAUGUUAGUCAUUUCUCUGUCCACUAUUUAAUGAAACUUAGAUUCAUUUCAAUAUAAAGGAAACGUCAAAACAAUGGGGAAAAAUCAUUCACUAUGUGUAAUUUGUAGACUUAAAAAGAAUGUGAACAAGUACAGAUAAUAAUCGCUGCACUGAUUUCCGUUCCUGACCACAGACAAACACACAAACUGCAGUAAUUUCCACUUCUUUUUCCAUUUUCAUCAGAAUUAUCCAACAUCCCUAUAGGUGUCUAGUGGAUUUAUACUUCUGGGCCUUAGUGCCACAAAAUGCCGAGCUUCUUCAAGCCAAGGAAAAUAAAUGAGAUUCAGAAAGAAGCCCUCAAGUAAGCCAGGGGAGCAUGGGAGGCCUGGGUUGCAAAAUUUGUCUCUGUGUGGCUCCAGUUCUUUGGUUUAGCACCAGGUGUAUAAAAAGGCUUAGCUCUGCCUCAGGUGUCUCUAGUGGGGUCCAGAGCUUGUGCUGCAGUCAUAAAAUGCAGCUCAAGUGCUGAAGGUAGCAUUGACAGGUUGUAGCUUUUAUUACCUGCCAAUUCUAAAACAAAGUCUGGACGUUCUCUGGUGAGGUCAGCGUCAGGUCCGUUGGAUUAAAUUGCCUCCCGUUUUGGGUCUUCCAAAUCUCUCUGGCAGGAAAUACACUCUCUCUUCAGAUGGGUCUGUGAGCUAUUAUGUUGCUAUGGAUCAAUGCAACAUUUAUUUAAAAAAAGAAAACAAAUGUCCGUGUAUGUAAAUGUAUCUUUUUGUGUAUAUUUAUUAGAAUUUCUUGUAAAAAGUGCAAUAUGAUUAAUUGUACAUUAUGUUGUCCAGAUAAAACUAUUUAGGGGGAGGAUUUUGUCUGUUAUCCCUCUGCAAUGUAUUUUUUUUUGUAAUAUCAGUGAUAAUGUAUUCCCCCCUCCCAUUUUUACAGCACUUCUGUUUAAUCUUGACUACGUUUCAGUGUAUAACUUGCAAUAUGGGGUGGGAGACUUUUAAACUGCCAAACAGGGAGUUAUAAAUAGAACAAAAUAAUGUCAAAUAAUGACUCAAAAUAAUGACUUACAAUGACAUGGUGGCUGUUUUCCUAGAGCAAUAAUUAACAAGACAUUCAACAAAGAAUCAUCCUUCAGGUGCUAAAUGCAUUUGGAUGUUCACCUCUUUGAUAUUCACUGUGUAACAACUCUGUUUAAGUGAUGUCAGAGCUAAAGCCCUGAUCCAAUAGCAUCUGUGUGCUUGGGUGCAUGCAUGGGGCUCUCGGGCAAGCAGGCUUCUCCAUUCAGUUCAGUGCAGAGUGAAGCUCCAUGCAUGCAUCUGUUUGUUGCCCCCUUCACUUAUCUGAAGCUCCAGGGCACACCCACAAGGGCUCUUUGGAUUGGAACAAAGCAGUGCAACCAAUUUCUACUGGAAUUAAUUAUAAUACUGCUGAUUUUCAUGGUAUUGGGUUGCACUCAAGAGCUGACUAGACCACACUGCCCCCUUUGCACACCAUGACCAUGAUCCUCUGCACAGAGCACCUGUGUUAAGUCCCACUGAAACUUACAUGUUUGUAACUGUGCAAAGGCUUGCAGCCUAUGAAUGUAAUUUCAAAUGUUUGUCUGAUGAAUUGCAACUUGAGAGCAUCAGUGUAAGUUUAUUAGGGUUGACAAAUAUUACAGGAGGCGGCUUCCCUCCCCUUAAGAAAACUUGAUUAUAUAAUUUUUUGUACAAAUAAUGCAUCUUAUUUAUUUAAUUUUUCUUGUCUGACUCUUUCUUUAUAAAC